AUGAGCGUCCUGUAUGAGCCAUUGCUCCCACGCCAUACCCGCGUGACGCGGGUUCGGCGCGGCGAUUCAGGUGAGCUCUUGAUAACGAUUCUGCCUUGUCGCCUUAUUGCCAACACCGAGGAUGGAUCUUGGUCGGACGGCCGCGCCUCCAUCAACGGCGUAAAGGCGAACUAUCUGGCUCUGUCGUACACCUGGGGCAAUGUUCGGGACAAAGUCCGGCUCCAAGUAUUCGAUACGCAGCAUCAAGAACACGAGCUCGAGGUCACCCGCAGUCUGUUGCAAGCGAUCCGACAAACGCUGUUCGACAAUGGAGACGACGAGUUCUAUCUCUGGUCCGACCAGCUGUCAAUUGACCAGUCCUCCGCGGAGGAGAAGACGGCGCAGAUCAUGAUGAUGCGCGAGAUCUAUGAGCACGCUGGCCACGUGGUAGUCUGGUUAGGACCGGCAAGUGACGACAGCCUCCUUGGUUUUCGGAAGAUCCAGGAGGUCGCGGCAUUGUUUGAGCAUAUCCAACAGCCCGACAACGAACAUGUUGACCUGCACGCCAUGCAUUUCAGAUUGCUCGACAGCUUCGCGGAGGCCGCCUGGGCAGAUACCCCGGAGUCGCAGCGCGAAUGGACGGCCGUCCGGAAAGUCUUGACGAGACCGUGGUUCUCGAGGACGUGGAUUAGACAAGAGGCUACGGCCAUUCCGUCGCAUUCCACCCAGGUCCUGUGCGGGCCAUCGCACGUUUCCCUGCGAAAGCUCUACCAGUUCCUGCACGUCGCCAUGCUUCGUCUGGCGAGCCCAAUGCCUCAAACUCUGCAGUUCACCUCGGAUAUGUUUUCCAACCUGGGUCAGUUGGACUCGUUCUACCACCUGCGAACCCAGCCCCAGACAGAGACGCCGCUGCUGACGCUGGUCAGGCAAUUCCGCGGCUCGGAAUGUACCGACCUCCGGGACAAGAUCUUCUGUCUCGUCGCCUUUGCAUCAGAUGCUUCCGAGCCGGGCUUGGAAUUCGAGAUCGAUUACAGCACCGAUGCUUCCUUUGUGUACGUCAACUUUGCAAUAUGGGCGCUUAGACGAUACAAGAGUCUCGACAUCUUUUCCGACUGCGACGGGAUGAAAGCUCAAAAUAUCUCGCUCCUGUCCUGGACGCCGAACUGGACGAGGCCCGCGUGCUUUUCUCCGAUUGACGGAAACGCCGGCGACAAAGGCCGCCUGUACUCCGCCAGCGGCAUAUAUGCAAACAGUCUUGUCGUUGGAACCCAUGACCCAGCCCGACCUCCGGGGUUGCUCUGGCUCUCCGGCAUUCGUAUAGCGACCAUCUGUUCCGUCUCUGAUGAGGCUCCCCUCAACCCCGACGUUCGGGCGCUGAGGUCCUGGCUGUUCCCUACGGAUCGCCACAUGACGUGCCCUUUGAACAACAUACCCAUGGAAAGGGUCUUUGCAACGACAAUCAGCGCAGGUCGACAGCGGCCGGUGGAUCUCUGGGCGGAUAUAGAACCCAGCGACGUCGAUCUAGUCCAGGUGAAAACAGCGACUCGACAUCGGCGCUUGUUCUUCACUCAGCCCGCCUCUGAAGGCAGUCGAGGUCUGAUGGGCCUAGGGCCCCUACUGCUCCAGCCGGGUGACAGUCUAUGGAUGCUGAAAGGUGGCCGGGCGCUGUACGCGCUGCAGGAGUCACCGAUGCCGGAAACGCGGCGGAUGAAUUGCCUAGACCUGACCGGCGGGUCGGCCACCGUCGCGACGGUACACGAGGGGGACACCGUCUGCCAACUUAUGGGCGAAUGCUAUGUCCACGGGUUGAUGGCUGGCGAAAUCCUCGAUUUCAUAGGCGACAGUCCGAAGAAAACGCGGCCCUCCGUGCUUGAGGGGAUGGACAGGGACUUUCAAGACAUCUACCUCGUCUAG